GCGGGGGCGGCGGCGGAGGGAGUGCGGGGAAGGCGGCGAAGGGCUGCUGCCCUGGCGCUCGGGUACGGAGUGGUGCGAUCCGAAGUUUAUUGCUGAAAAGGGAGGGGAAAAAAAAAAAUAAAAAAAAAAAUUAAAGAAGAGAAUAGAAUAAACACAAGAAAAAUUGUAGAUAGAGAAAGAGAAAGAGGGAAAGGAAGAGCAUCCCCUCGCAGCUGCCCCGGAGGGAUGCGGUGGAGCGCGGCCGGCGGGACCCCCCGCUGCCCGGGUACCACCCGGGGCCGGAGCGGGGCUGAGCCGUGAGUGCUCACCCCGGGAGGGUCGGACCGGGUCGGCUGGGACUCCUCCCGCCCUGCUCAUCCUUCGCGCAUCCUCCGGCGUUGCCUUGCCGUGCCGAACCGAGCCGUUCCGAGCCGUGCCGGACCGCUCGGUCCGUGCCGUGCCGUGUCGGUGUGAACCGAGCAGUGCCGAGCUGUUAGGAUGAGGGGCAUCCUCUACUUCUGCACGCUGAUCCUUUUAGAAGGUAUGGCGGAAGCUGUCAGCUCAAGCAGGGACUGCCUUCAGGCAGGUGAGUCCUGCACCAACGACCCCAUCUGCAGCUCCAAAUUCAGGACCCUCCGGCAAUGCAUCGCAGGUAACGGAGCCAACAAGCUGGGCCCUGAUGCCAAGAACCAGUGCCGGAGCACAGUGAAUGCCCUGCUCUCCAGCCAGCUCUAUGGCUGCAAGUGCAAGCGAGGCAUGAAAAAGGAGAAGCACUGCUUGAGUGUCUACUGGAGCAUCCACCACACGCUGAUGGAAGGUCAGUUGGGUAUGAACGUUCUGGAGAGUUCUCCUUAUGAGCCAUUCGUCAGGGGUUUUGAUUACGUCCGGCUGGCCUCCAUCACUGCAGGGUCUGAGAACGAGGUGACCCAAGUGAACCGCUGCCUGGAUGCCGCCAAAGCCUGCAACGUGGAUGAGAUGUGCCAACGACUGCGGACGGAAUACGUCUCCUUCUGCAUCCGGCGCCUGGCUCGGGCCGACACCUGCAACCGCUCCAAGUGCCAUAAGGCUUUACGCAAGUUCUUUGACCGCGUGCCACCCGAAUACACCCACGAGCUGCUGUUCUGCCCCUGUGAAGACACAGCCUGUGCUGAACGCCGGCGGCAGACCAUCGUUCCAGCCUGCUCCUAUGAGUCCAAAGAGAAACCCAACUGCUUGGCACCGCUGGAUUCUUGCCGUGAGAAUUAUGUCUGUAGGUCGCGUUAUGCAGAGUUCCAGUUUAAUUGCCAGCCAUCCCUGCAGACUCCGAGUGGCUGUCGGAGGGACAGCUAUGCUGCCUGCCUGCUGGCCUACACCGGGAUCAUAGGCAGCCCCAUCACUCCAAACUACAUUGACAACUCAACCUCCAGCAUAGCACCCUGGUGCACAUGCAACGCAAGUGGCAACCGGCAGGAAGAGUGUGAGAGCUUCCUGCACCUCUUCACCGACAACAUCUGUCUCCAAAAUGCCAUCCAGGCCUUUGGCAAUGGGACCUACCUUAAUGCAGCCACAGCCCCAUCCAUCCCCCCCACCACACAGAUGUACAAGCAGGAGAGAAACGCCAACAGAGCUGCGGCAACCCUCAGCGAGAACAUCUUCGAGCACCUCCAGCCUACCAAGGUGGCUGGAGAGGAAAGGCUCCUGAGAGGCUCCACUCGUCUGUCAUCAGAGACCUCCAGCUCAGCACCUCCCUGCCACCAGGCAACCUCCCUGCUGCAGUUGUGGCUUCUCCCCACUCUUGCUGUGCUGAGCCUCUUCAUGAUGUGAAGCAGAGUGGGAUCACGCCGGGCAGUGACUCUCUUUGUGUUGGUUUCUUUAAAAAACAAAACAACCAGACAAGGAACUUCUCUUGGGAGGUGGGGUAGGAGGAGGGAAGGGAUGGGAAGGAGAGGUGAGUGUGUAGGCAUCCCUUUCUCCUCCUCAUCCAUCUUCCAAUUUGUUUGAUUUUAUACAAUCAGCAUCGCCAACAACCAGCUCAUCUUUGUCCUGGCCACCUUUCACCCCACAGUGUGGUUGUUGUCUCUCUGGCUCUCUGUGGAUUGGGUUUGUGAGCCACAGACAAGUUCCCUUGGAAAAGCCAAAGGAGAGAGAGAGCUGAGCCAAAAAAUGAGAGCUGCAAUGGAAAUGCUUUCACCUUCCCCAGCCAAGAGGGGAAAGACUUUCAAUGGAUGAGCUGUCAGGACAUUUCCUUCAGCCCCAACUCACACUGUGGGACAUUUAGCAGGAUGAGUCAAGUGAUGUGUUAUACAGAUCAUCUCCGGGGCUGCUCAGGACCCAAAGGACAGCCCAUCUGGUUCAGAGCGAAGAAACCAGACCCUCUGGUGAGAAGGUAGUUGGUUCUGUUCACCAGAGAGGAUCCCGAAGCACCUCUAGGGUGGAGAGCAAGCAGCCAUACAACAAAUAGGCUUAUAGGGACCAUCCACCUGCUUGAAACGACGGCCAACAUGCAACCAGCAUGCAUCUCCAAGAUGUCACCUGCUCCUUGGGCCCUCCUGUUUGGGAAACAUGUCAUGUAUUGAUCAUGUUCAGGAAGAAACACGUGUGUUGCAUUUUGUUAAUGGAUUGCUUUCUUUGUGUCCCAACCCUAGCAUCUCUACUUACUGUUCCUGUGAAGUGUUUGGGGUAGGUAUUUUUUCAUGACAUCCAACCAGCCAAAAUCAUCCCAUUCCCAGCCAGUCUCUCCAUGUUCAGGAUGAUCCUGUGAGGCCACAGGUAGGACUUGAUAUGAGUACAACAGAAUCCAUUCUCACCAGCUACCCGUGCUACUGUCAGUCUCACAGAGAGACUGAUAGAGAGUUGAGGGAUGUCAUUAUCUAUGUAAGGAAGAGAUGGGAUACAAAAGGUUUUCAUGUCCUUGGUAGGGAGUGGAUUAUUAUAGUCCUCCUCCUUGAAGAGCUGAUGGAGGAAGUCCUUGUUAGCUCGUAUCCAGGCUAGCACACUAAUGACAUUUCCUCCUGCCGAGUGCUAAUUACUCAGCCAAGGGGUGGCUUAAGCCAAGGCUGAUGAAUUGACCCACCCAGAUGGAGGCUGAGGACAAAUGUCUCCCUGGUUGCUUAGGGCACAGAAGGGAAAACGUGACCUUGUGAUACAUGAGCAUCCAGGGGUCUUCCCUUGAGGAAGCGAGCUGGGGUGUCCCAGAGCAUUACAGGGAGAUGAAUUCCACACUUGACCAAGCCAAUAAAGGUGAUAAAGAAAAGUGGCAAGGUUUCCCUGGACAAACGCUUUCCCAGGUUGACUAUCACAGUGGGAAUAGGAGUGGCUCGUUGCUCCCUGUGAGUUUUACAGCAUCCUAUUUACCCUUUGGUUUAUGCCUCUCUAAGGAACAACAUCAGUCGCUCAGUAUUUGGAGGCAUAGAAAAGUUUAGAAGCAGCUGAAAUGGCAAAGUCUGGAGCUUUUUUAUUCCCAUUCCCUGCAGAGCACUUCCCAUUGCUUUAACACAUCAGGUUUUGCGGAGAAACAGUGGCGACUUUCUUGGGGUUUGGUCCAAUGUAAAACCACUCUUGUUCACAAAUGAACAUCUGUGGAGGUGUAAGACUGAGCAGAAACCCUCCUGGCUGUGUCCUGGCUGGAGUUCUGCACCUGGGGUUGUCCUUAUCCAGGAGACAGGAUCCUGGAACACGCUGAGAUCAAAGUCUUGCCCACACGGUGCCAGGGGAUGUGCUGAAACAAAAUGUGUGUGCCAAAACCUCACGGCCAAGAGGAUCUCCUAGUAUUGGAAACGCAGGUGAGGGGCAGUGACACGGGUCCCAUACCUCCCUCCAAAGUGCCAUAGCCAUGCCCAGAGCUGUUGUGAAUAUUUCCCAUUUAUCCAAGGCAUCAGUGGGGCCAUCUGUGCAAGUGUGAGGUGUAAAUCCAAAGACCUGUGUGCUCUGAGCCACAGGUGAGAAGGAUUAAACCCUACUGGAGAAUGGCAUGGAAUUACUUCAACACCAUGAGGUCGUGCUGUAAAUUGCCUUCAUAGCUGCUUUCCUUUCAAGUCCUGUAAUCCAGCCCUGCUCCUUCUGCCUGCCUGGUUUCAGCAGAUGGGUCCCCACCAGCCUUUGGCCUUCCUGCAUCAUGGGCUGAAUCUAGACAGGAUAGGUGUGCAAGGGAUGGGACGUAUAUAUAGCACGCUUUGAACACCUUAGGAUAUUGGUUGUCCCUGAGCUUUGAUGGCCAAACAGACCCUCAGAUCCCAUUGUGGUGUCUUCUUACGUCCUCAGUUCUGGGAGGAUGGCAGAAGCGUCCUGAGGUUGUGAAAGGCAACAUCAAAUCACUAUGGAUCACAAUCACAGAGGCUUUGCAUGAGGGAGAUAAAAUAAAGGCGAAUGGUCUGCUGGGAUUCCUGCAAAUGUAAAUGUGGGUCUGCUGGAGGGUUCUUUGUUGUGGCCUUGAAUGAGGGGUCUGAAAAACACCUGCAGAGCUGACCUUCCAGGUCUGAAAAAGCGCUCCAAGUCUUCACCCCUUGUGCUGUGGUGUGAGUUUGGAAGCAGCAUCCAACCAGCAGUGGGUCACCUGCUGCUCUCCCAGGAGUUCCCUGCAGUCUGGGGAUGAAGAAAGACAUGGAGCAAUGAGCCUCCACGCAGCAAGAAAGGGCCGGUGGUUGGGGUGGGUGCUAAUAUUGUGUUUCCUGACCAUUCCACCUUAUUUUUCUUUACUAAUACUUAAUGCCUGCUCUCCCUCUAAGCCCGUUCCCAAACCAAACUUUGCAAACAAAGAGUAACAGCAGCAGAGAGAAAGGACUGAGUGAGCCAAGGGAGAGAAAGGGAGAGCACUUUUUAGCAAUCACUCCAUACCUGGGGACUUCCAUAAGCACAAAGAAGAGUCAUUGGAAAAAAAGGAAGUGGCCAGCCAACUUUCCAUAGCCACUGAGCUCUGUUUUGUUCUGGCUGCUCAGCACCAUUUUUGCAGUGGUUUGGCACUUCCUUGCAUCAGUAAGAUACCGUGUAGGUACAAAUUGUUCAAGCAAGAGCAUGAGCAGAAAGGGAAAGUGAUGCUGGGAAGGUACCCCCAUGGGCGGCAGGGGAUGCUGAUGGGUUCCAAUGGGGUGUGUGUGUGCGCACAUGGGGAGGAUGCUUGGUGUCUGCCUGUACUGAUGGGGUGUAACCUGUACUUUACUCUUCUGUACGAGUUGAUAUUCAAGACAUAUCCAUGAAUAAAGCACACAUGCAUUUUCCUGAC